AUGAGACUAGGAGGCUCAAGCAGAACGACCGCUUUCACUUGCCUUCUUUUCUUUCUUCUAGCGACUUUUGUUGGCCGAUCGACCGCGUCCCUGGGCGAUCAUCUUCCCGACUUCAAAGAAUGUGUUAAGAUCUGUCAAUCGGAAAAUUGUCAGGAUGGCAGCUCGGUUAUCCCUUUCCAUCUCCGUCUUCUGCUUUGGACUUGUCCCGCCGAAUGUGACUACACCUGCCAGCAUGUGGUGACAGACCGCCGAGUCGCCCGAGACCCUCCGAUGCUCAAUCCAGUGGUGCAAUUCCAUGGAAAAUGGCCUUUCCGCCGAAUCCUCGGCAUGCAGGAACCGUUUUCCGUCCUGUUUUCUUUCUUCAACUUCCUUGCACACUGGCAUGGCAUUUCCCGGCUUCGCGAAACGAUCCCCUCCUGGCAUUCACUUCGGGGCUACUAUCUGGCCUUUGGAUACUGUGGUCUCGCGUGCUGGACGUUCAGCAUGCUCUUUCACACCAGGGACUUUCCUUUGACCGAGAAGCUGGAUUACUUUGGAGCUGGCGCGAACGUCAUGUAUGGCAUGUAUCUCGCCAUCAUCCGGAUAUUCCGUCUGGAUCAGGAGGAACCCCGACAUAAGCCGACCCUACGCCGCCUUCUGACGGCGGUCUGUGUCCUGCUGUACGCGAUGCACGUGUGCUACCUGAGCUUCUGGUCUUGGGACUACACCUACAACAUGAUCGCCAACAUCGUGGUGGGCAUGACCCAGAAUGUCCUGUGGGUCGCGUUUAGUCUUUUCCGAUACCAAAAGAAUGGCAAACCCUGGCAUGUCUGGCCAGCAAUGAUCGUGGCCUGGAUCAUGUUGGCUAUGAGUCUGGAGUUGUUGGACUUUGCUCCGUGGCACGGAUUGAUCGAUGCGCACAGCUUGUGGCAUCUGGGAACCGUCAUCCCGACCGCCUGGUGGUAUUUGUACCUGAUCAAGGACGUCCAAGACGACGUGGCUGGAGACAGAUUGAAGGCCUAG